AUCUUUACAGAUAAAAAAAAAAAAUAUAACAACGUAUUGUGUUUGCAUCAAAUAUUUGUUUAUAUUUCAAUUGUUGUUAACAAUUAACCAGCUCAAGUAACAAUCAAAUGACAGUAUUAAUAGUAUAUUAAAAAACAAUAUUUUAUAUUUGUCCAGUAUUUUGAUUUCCACAAAAUAACAAGGAAUAUUUUUUAAAGUUUGUGAUUAACCUCAAAAAAAACAAUCAAGAUGAAUAAAAAACCAAUGAUAACAUUUGGUAAAAUUGGAGCUGCUUUAAAAAAAAAAGAAACAGAUGAAAAACCUGAAAAUGAUGUAUCAACAUCAGGUUUUGGAACAUUCAGUAGUUUUGGUAAAAAAUCUAUUGAAAAAAAUUCAACAGAUAUGAGUGAAAUACGUCCUGAGGAUGAAGAAGAAUCUGACAAUGUUAAAAAAAUUAUGGGAAUAACUGGAUUUGGAAAAAAAGCCAAGAUAUUUGAUGUUCAAGAAAUGAUGGAAAAUAUAUCUAAAACAAUAUGUCGUCAUCCAAAAGAUUCUGAUGAUUCUGAUGGAAAAAAAAAUAAGAAAAAUGUUGACUCAGUUACUGGGGAUGGUAAAUCUAAUGAUGAUACAUCUGAAGAUGAUAAUGAUGAAGAUGACGAUGAAGGAAUGAUUGGUCCUUGUAUACCACCACCACCACCAGCACCAGCAGAAAUUGUCUCGACAGUUGCUGAAACAUCAACUAAAAAAUCUAAAAACCCUGACGAUGAUGAUAAUGAUGAUGACGACGACGAUGAUGAUAGUGAAUCAGAUACUGAAGAAUCAGAAUUUUUUAUACCAUGUAGUCAUGAAAUAUCAUUGACCCAUGGUGUAAAAGCAAUAACAGCAAUUGCAGCAGAUCCAUCUGGUGCACGUUUAGCAUCUGGUUCACUUGAUUAUGAUGUAAGUUUUUGGGAUUUUGCUGGAAUGGAUUCAUCACUUCGUAGUUUUCGUACACUUCAACCAUGUGAAAAUCAUCCAAUAAAAUGUUUACAAUAUUCAUCAACUGGUGAUAUGAUAUUAGUUAUAUCAGGUGCAGCACAAGCAAAAGUAUUAGAUCGUGAUGGUUUAGAAAAAUGUGAAACAGUAAAAGGUGAUCAGUAUAUUAUUGACAUGGCAAAAACAAAAGGUCAUACUGCAAAUUUAAAUUGUGGCUCAUGGCAUCCAUUAGUAAAAGAAGAAUAUAUGACAUGUUCACAAGAUGGUAGUUGUAGACUUUGGUUAUUACAUAGACCAAGAGAACAUAAAAAUAUAAUAAAAUGUUUAAAUCGUACUGGUACUAAAACAGUACCAACAACAUGUACAUAUAAUCGUGAUGGUACAUUUAUUGCAUGUGGUUGUACUGAUGGUUCAAUACAAAUGUGGGAUCAUCGUAGACCAUUUGUUAGACCAACAAUUGUUGCUAGAGAAUCACAUGAAAAUAAUACAGAAAUAUCAUCAUUAAAUUUUUCAUAUAUUGGUAAUAAUAUUGUAACACGUGGUUGUGAUGAUACACUUAAAUUAUGGGAUUUACGUAAAAUUAGAGAAAAAAAACCAUUAUGGGCUGUUGAUAAUAUAUCAUGUAAAUAUGAUACAACUGAUUGUAUGUUUAGUCCAGAUGAUAAAAUAAUAAUAACUGGUGAAUCAUUAGAAAGAGGUAAAAAAUAUGGACGUGUAUUAUUUUAUAAUACAAUAACAAAAGAACUUAUAAAUGAUAUUAAAGUUACAAAUUCACAUGUUAUUAAAACAUUAUGGCAUCCAAAAUUAAAUCAAAUAUUUGUUGGUUGUGGUAAUGGUGUUGUUAAAACAUAUUAUGAUUCAAAUAAAAGUUUACGUGGUGCUAAGUUAUGUGUUGUUAAAACUCAACCAAAAUCAAAUCAUAUUGAAAUGAUGUCAACUCAACAAAUAAUAACACCACAUGCAUUACCUCUAUUUAGACAAGAUAGACCAAAAUCAGUUAGAAAACAAAUGGAAAAAGAUCGUUUAGAUCCAAUUAAAUCAAGAAGACCAGAUUUACCAAUAACAUUUGGUCAAGGUGGUAGAGUUGCAUCAUCUGGUGGUACUCUAAGUUCUUAUGUUAUUAAAAAUCUUGGUUUAAGUAAAAGAAUUGAAGAUGAUCAAGAUCCAAGAGAAGCUAUAUUAAAAUAUGCUAAAGAUGCUGAAGAAAAUCCAUACUGGAUUGCUCCAGCAUAUAAAAAAACACAGCCUAAAACUAUUUUUCAAACAACUGAUGAAGAUAACAGUACUGGUGAACCAUCAACAAAAAAACCAAAAUUGUAAUUUAUAAAAUAUAAAAAAAAAAAAAAAAUUAUUAUAGGUCGAAUGAUGAAUGGAGCGAAAAGAAUAUUAAAAAAAAAAAAAUAAAUAUAUAAAUUUUUAAAA